AUGUCCCCUCUCAGAGGUUAUAUUACUUCGUACCCUCCGCGGGUGCGCCAAUAUGGGAAUGCGUUGCUUACGCCCGUCGUGCCGCAGACUCAAGUUGGACCUACACCGCGAACAACGAAACGAGGGACGACUGCAAUCAAUUACGCCGAAGAUGGCUAUGAAGAAGAUGAUUUUGAUGAAAGCGAGGGUCCGCGACGACCUACUGGUCUGAGAAGUCUUCGACGGGAAGAGUCGACAGUUGACAAGGUCCCGUUGGCCGACAAGCUGGGGAAAGAGAUCUAUGCCCCCGUUGAAGUUCAAGGGGUUUUUCGGGAUUGGAUGAUCAAGAGGAUGUUACGACCAGCGACUCACUCAAGCCUUUCUUUCCUCAUUAGCUGUGCCGACCAAUUACAGAUUCAAGCGCAACUCCCUCUGACACUUAUUCCUAUUCGAAUUGAUUUGGAAGUCCCUGCGCAUCAACCGUUGGAGCCCUUUCCCAUGCCACGGGGUGUGAUAGAUCCGGGGAUCAACCCGACCUUGCCUGGAUACCGGAGGCCAGACCCAUUGCCUGCGUAUCGGAUUAAAGAUACUUUUCUUUGGAACCUUCACGAAGCUCUUGCGACACCGGAGGAGUUUGCAGUCGGCUUUGUUCGCGACUUGGACUUGCCUAAUCCACAAGCGAUCACCAUAACGAUCAGCAAUCAAAUACGCCAACAGUUAGAGGAGUAUGCAGGCGUUGCGUUACAUCCCUUAUUCCAGAGCACACAGCUAAGUCAAGCGCCACAACCUGGGCUGUCUCGGGAUGUGUCCGCCACUCCGGUUCCAACCAAUGCCGCGACGCCUGACAGCAGAGCUUUUGGAGUGACAGUAACAAAGGAGCCCUUGAUCAACGACAGCAUUCUGAAUCCAGAUGAUGCCUAUCGAUGUAUGAUCAAUCUCAACAUAAAUUUACAGAACAAGUUGUACACAGACAAGUUCGAAUGGUCUCUACUCCAUCCUCCAGGCAUGGCAGAGGAGUUUGCCAAGAUUACGUGCGCUGAUUUGGGUUUAAACGGCGAAUGGGUUGGUGCAAUUGCACAUGGUAUCUAUGAGGCUGCUUUGAAAUUGAAGAAGGAAGUUUGCGAGAGCGGCGGACUUAUUAGUGGCAUGGGAGGCUAUGGCAACGAAAUCGACAACCAAGCAGCAAAUGGUACCGAGGCUGGUUGGCGAUAUGACCCCGAAGGACUUGGCGACGAAUGGGAACCAAAGGUUGAGACGCUGUCCAAAGAGGAAAUUGAAAAGCGAGAAGGCGAUCGUGAGCGGCAAAUCAGACGUCUACGACGAGAAACGGCUAGAUUCUCCUCAACUGCAGGCAUUACGCCAGAAGUUUCUCGGCAAGGAAGUGGUAGCUAUUUCGAUAUCGACAGCGAAACUCCAUUGGGCAGAGGCGAGAGAAGCAAGCGAAAGAAACGCUUCCGCAGCCUGAGUCCCUUGGGAAGGGGAGGUACACCGGGUGGGCGAGGCACCCCGGAUACCGGCUCAGGUGCUGGAUAUGGUGGAGGUGGUGGCACAUUGUCUGACUGGGAACGACAGAACUGGAGAUGCAGCAACUGUAUGGUAUGGGGAACUGCGGUUUGGGCAGUACGAGAUGGUCCAGCUGGUCCAAGGACCCUCUGCCACAACUGCGGUCUUCUCUACGAACGGGACAAGGUUGCUCCAGAAUGGUCAAGAGACUUGCACCGUCACGACAUACCCGUUGGUCGGUAA